AUGGACGGCUUGGGGGACGGUGACGGCAUGGGCUUCGACAUGCAGCCCAUGAUGAUGAACCAGCAACCACAGCUGUUCGGCGCCUAUCCCCAAGACAGUGCGCAGAUGGGCAUGUCAACGGAGUCUCUGUACCCCGACGACUCAUUGGCCGCGGGGGAGGAUGCCAACGAUGCGAAAAGGCGGAGAAUUGCUCGCGUAAGGGAUGCCGCAAACAUUCUAGCGAUCAAGGUAGCUGAUAGAGUAUUUCUGGUCCAGGCCUGCGAUAUGUGUCGGAAGAAGAAAAUCAAGUGCGACGGCAAAAUGCCCAAGUGUUCGCACUGCAUCAACUACAAGACGGAUUGUGUCUUCACGCAAGUCGAGAAGAAACGAAAUCCUCCCAAAGGAGCGAAAUAUAUCGAGGGAUUGGAAAACCGACUCGGGCGCAUGGAGUCGCUCUUGCGACUGUCCGGUCUUUUGUCGGAAGAUGAUGGCGGGAAGACAGACCUGAGGACACUAGAGAAACGACUGGCGGAUCGAACGAACACUCUUCAGGCGGCCCAGAAUGCAAAUAAAUUGUCCCAGAAAGCCCAGCAGACCCAGCAGACCCCGACAUCCCACCAUACCACCCCCCGCAUGGAUUCCUACUCGAGUCCCCGGACGGCCGCCGCAUCGCCCGAGUCACAAAAGGAGUCUGAGGGCGAGGUGGAGGCAUUGUCAGAUAUGAUGUGCUCCUUGGUGACGAACAAUUGUGGCGAGACACGGUAUAUUGGUUCUUCGUCCGGUUUCUCCAUCUUCUCCCCCAAGGGCAUCCAGUGGGUCAACGAAAAAACAGGCGACACCUCCUUCCAGGACAUGAUCUCAUCGUCAUACGUGGACGAUAACAAAUGGAUGUACUGGAAGCCGGAGAUAUUUAGCGACAUCUUCGCGCGGCGCGUCUUCAAACCACUUCCUCCCAAGGAGGAAGCGCUUUCCCUCUUCAAGGACUUCUUUGAAAACUUCAAUUGCAUGUUCCCGCUGUUUCACGAGGCAACCUUCAUGCACUUGGUCGAGCGCCAGUACUCGCGCGAUCCAUACGAAGGCUCUGGCUGGUGGGCGAGUAUCAACGUCGUCCUGGCCAUAUCUCACCGGCUCCGCGUGAUGAGUAACCUGGUACCUCAUGAAGAGGACAAGAAGGCAUGGCUGUAUUUGAAAAACGCCAUGGGGGUGUUGACUGAGCUUACAAUGCGAAACACGGAUCUGCUAAGUGUUCAGGCAUUGCUGGGCAUGUCCCUCUUCCUUCAGGGCACGCCGAACCCCCAGCCUGCUUUUUUCCUGGUCGCCGCGGCCAUUCGACUCUCCCAUAGCAUCGGCCUGCACAAGCGCGGUUCCGGGUUUGGUCUCAACCCAGUCGAAGUUGAACAACGGAAAAGAGUCUUUUGGAUUGCCUAUUGUCUUGACAAAGACAUCUGUCUUCGAUCUGGCCGUCCACCAGUCCAGGACGACGACGAUAUGAAUGUCGAGCUGCCCAGUGAAGACCCGCCCGACAACGUUGGAAACGUACCGCUUUCGGAUGGAAAAAGCAAGUUCAAUCUGUUCCGGUCCCUAUGUGAAUUCGCCACCAUCGAGAGCAGAGUGUACAAGCGACUCUACUCCGCCAAAGCCUCGAAACAAUCUGAUGGGGAAUUGCUCAACACCAUCGGUGAACUCGACAAGGACCUGGAAGAUUGGAAAGACAGCAUUCCCAGCGAUUUUCGGCCCGAGUACGAAAUCCAAGCCUCCCAUACCCCACUCAUUAUUCACGUCGUCGUCCUCCACUUCGCAUACUAUAACUGUUUGACCACAAUUCACCGAAUGUCCGUACAUCAUGGAUACUGGACCAGCCGUCUGUCAAAUUACGCCAUACAAGGCCUGAAUGCACGGCCAUUGAACCCCCGGGUUUUCUUGUCGGCUGUGCUUUGUGUUACUGCUGCAAGGGCGUCGAUCAACUUGAUUAAAUACAUCCCCCAGGGAGACUUUGCCUGCGUCUGGUUGAUUCUCUACUAUCCAGUCUCGGCAUUGGUCACCCUCUUUGCCAACAUUCUUCAGAACCCGAACGAUGCUCGGGCUCGUUCAGAUGUGAAGCUGAUGAAUGUGGUGGUCAACUUCCUCUCCACCCUGGUCUCAGACGAGUCCAAUGGGAGCAUCAAACGAAUGCUUGGUCUAUGCGGCGAGUUCGAAAGAAUCGCUAAGGUCGUCUUGGACAAGGCCGAGAAAGAGUCACAUUCGCGGAAAAAGCGCAAGAAUGCACCGGAAGACCCCCAAGCGCAAGCAGCAACCAGGGAGAAACCCGAUGUUUCAAAAUCUACCAAACAAUCACAAGCACCACCUAUCUCUGGAUCUUUCUCGCCUUCCAUGUUUCCCAAUAAUCCUACUACUGCACCGUCGCUUGUUACGCCCAAGGCUUUUGGCGCAGAUCCCACAAUUCCGCCAACCAGUGGUAUCCCGAACGAUCUUCCGAGCAACAUACCCGCCAUGUCUGGCUUGGGACAGGAUUUCCAGGAGAUGCUGAGUCCCGACCAGCUGACAAAUGCCGGAUUCCCCGAUCAAGCUUCUUAUGGGGCUGCGAGUCCAAGCAUGGCCUCGUUCCAGCAACCAUUUGUUCCCCAGGAUCUGUGGCAAAUGCCCAUGACAAUUGAGUGGGACUGGGCAGAUAUGUCAACCAAUUUUCCUGUCUUCGAGGCUGGUGCCGGCUCCGGUGGUCCUCCUGAGCAGUGA